GUCACCAGGAAGUACAUCCUGAACCGUCCCAAUUCAAAAUGCAGAGACAGGACUCCCAGGAGGCUCCUCUGUUCGGGGAGGACUUCGACCACAGCAGACCACGGUCCUCCAGAAUCAAACAUCCUGUGGCUUCUUUCUUCCACCUCUUCUUCCGAACCACUGCCAUUUUGAUCUACCUGCUGUGUGACGUCAUCAGCAGUCGUUUCAUCGUCUCCAUGGUCGCCAUCAUCCUCCUGCUGUCAUGUGACUUCUGGACGGUGAAGAACGUAUCUGGCAGGUUGCUGGUCGGCCUUCGGUGGUGGAAUCAGGUGGAUAAAGAUGGAGGGAGCCACUGGGUGUUUGAGUCGAGGAAGGCGACACACAGUGCGAACACAACAUCCAGUGCUGAUUCACGGAUCUUCUGGCUCGGACUCAUCGUGUUCCCCAUCAUUUGGUUCAUCAUGGUGUUCAGCGCCAUCUUCUCCUUAAAGAUUAAAUGGCUGGUUAUUGUGAUAAUGGCCAUGAUAUUACAGUGGGCCAACCUGUACGGUUACGUCAGAUGCAAGGUGGGCGGAGAGUCCAGCCUGAGAAGCAUGGCAAAGAAAUACAUUGGGGUCCAGAUUUUAAAACAGGCCAUGAAGAAAGGCGAGGGACAAUAACUUGAAGAGAACGUCCCAACUAAUCUGCAGAAGAAGACUGGAUGAACACAUUGUGUUAACUUGAUUCCAGUUCAAAGGUGGCUGGUCCUUUCUGAGGGUAAAGGGGUUUUGUAUGUGUCGUUUCCUCUGAAUCAAUUGUUUGAAAACUUCAGGAAUAGUUUCCCAAGGUUUUCUGUAAGUUCCAAAUAAAAUACAGUCUAGUUGCUUGAGAGAUUUUCAGUGAUGUCUUCUACCUGCAGUUUAUUUAGUGAGGAAAUCUCACUGACAUCAAGGUGUCAAUUGCGAUCUCUGAACACAUUACGUUAACACAAGAUACCAACAAGACAACUCAGGCACUGAAAACAACCAUCUAACACACACAGAGCCAGAUGUAUUCCAGCAGUGACAUGUAUGCUACUGGAAACAUUAACAUGAAGGAGGGUGAUGUUAAAAUGUGCAAUUUUGAAGUUUUGUCUCUGUCAACAACUCAGCCUGUCGGGCAGCAUCUAUGAAUGUGAAAGGGAUAUUUUGGGGACAAAGAUAAUUUUGUAAGUGGCUGCUAAUCAAACACAGGAUGUGGAUAUUAAUACUGAUGUAGGUAUAUCUUUUUUAAAUCAAUCUGUAUUAUAACUGACCUUGCUGGGUUAUGUAGGGAGAAGGGUUUUGAAUUGGUUUUCAGAUUUGUACAAAAACUGUUUGUUUACUCAGGGCUUCUGUGUAAAUGAGACAAUAAAGUUUUUCACAUUUUUGAAAUGUGAGAUUUAUUAAUG